AUGGCGCCUCUCCGCCAGAUCUCUAGCGCCGACGCCGGGCUUCCGGCCGGCUCGUACAUCUACAAAAUCAUCUCCACAGCGUCACGGCAAGAUCCUCUUACCUACUCUUUGACCGAUCAAUUGGCCUGCAUAUCUUCGGACGACUCGUUGCGUUUUCAUAGCGCCGACUUACAACCUGAUGGUGUGAUCGCAAACGCAAAUGAAAACAUUACCUGUCUGGAAAGAGCGAACGAUGCACCCAGCAAUGUUGUCGCAACAGCAGGAAGAGACGGAUUGAUCAGGUUCUGGGACAAGAGGAGCAAGCAGAAGGUUUUAGAAAUACAAAGUCCACACAAGCUUGUCUCAGCACUGGUGUGCGACGCUGAAAAGAACUUCGUUGCUGCUGGUAUCGAAAACCCAGAAGACGGACCGACCAGCUCACCGGUCUACAUAUGCACGGACGGCCUAAUCAACAUCUUCGACACUUCUCAGGCAGAUGAAGAUGAUGCCUUGUACCAAGUUGUGAAUCAUGGAUCAGCCAUUGCACAUGCAGGCUUCAUGUAUCCUGGCACAGACAUCUAUUCAAUUGGUACGGACGAGACAGUGAGUUUCUUUGCUCUACAGAGCCAGAAAGAGGAAGAGGAAGAACCGACUCCGAAGGUGUGGGGCGACGUUAGGGAAGGAUUAGGAUGUGAGUAUGUCGUGGAUCUGGCAUGGGUCGGACAACAGGCCUGUGUUGCUGCAGGAAAGCAUAGCGAGAAUCUUCUCAACCUCAUACCGAUCGAUAAAGGUACCAACGAACCUCUGGAUUACAGUUUCGAUCUCGACAAGAGCAUAUCCUUCCCAGGCGCCCACGGCGAGGAGAUUGUUCGCGAUCUCUUCACUGAUACUCAUACAAACACAACAUACACAUGCGGCGAAGAUGGGCACAUUCGUGCUUGGAAACCUUCAGAAGAGAGCACCAUGGACGUUGGUGAAGGAGCGGGAUCAGCGAAGAAGAGACGCAAGGACAAGAAAGAGAAGGCAAGGUUCAAGCCAUAUUAA